AUGACUAUUGAAAGUCUUAUACCAAAAGAAGCUUCUCCACCAGUCAGCAUAGAUCACCAUGUGAAGAUCCCUUAUCCGCAGAGACUCCGAAAGAUCAACCUAGACAAGCAAUUUUCAAAAUUUCUGGAGGUAUUUAAAAAGUUUCACAUCAACAUUCCCUUCACAGAAGCCUUCGAACAAAUGCCUAGCUACGUGAAGUUCAUGAAAGAAAUUCUGUCCAAAAAGGGAAAAAUGGAAUACUAUGAAACAGUGGUAUUGACUGAGGGUUGUAGUGCUAUACUGCAGAAGAAACUCCCUCCCAAACUUAGAGAUCCUGGGACUUUUACCAUUCCUUGUACCAUCAAGAGAUUGGGGGAGGCAAAGCCCACUACAGUAACCUUGCAAUUGGCUGAUCGAUCGUUGGCUCAUCCAAGGGGUGUCAUUAAAGAUGUUCUAGUCAAAGUGGAUAAAUUCAUCUUCCCAGCUGAUUUCAUUGUUUUGGAUAUGGAAGAAGACAAAAAUGUUCCGAUCAUCCUUGGGAGACCAUUCUUGGCAACAGGACAAGCAUUGAUUGAUGUUCAAAAGGGUGAAUUGAAGCUGAGAGUGCAAGGGGAAGAAGUGGUCUUCAAUGUACUAAAGGCAAUGACUUUUCCAAAGGCAAGUGAUAACUGUUUCUUUGUUGAUCUGAUAGACACUAUAGUGGAGAAGAAAAAGUUGAUGGAAGAUCCUUUAGAAAUGAGCUUAACGAAAGACGAGUUGGAUGAGCAAGAUGGAAUGGAGGCAAUGGGAUAUGCCAAAUGGCUUGACUCUUAUGGGCCAUUGAAUAGAAAGUACUAUGAAGAGUUGGGGGUUGUUCUAAAGAAGCUUGUGCCAUCUACAGAAAAACCACCAGAACUAGAACUGAAGGUGCUUCCUGAUCAUCUACGGUAUGAGUUUUUGGGAGAAGACAAGAAGCUUCCAGUCAUAAUGUCAGCUUCACUUUCUGAUGUGGAGAUUGACAAGCUGCUAAGAGUACUCCGCGCCCACAAUAAAGCCAUUGGGUGGACAUUGGCUGAUAUUAAUGGAAUUAGUCCCUCAACUGUUAUGCAUUAA